UCCCCGGCCCGCCGCCGCCGCCGCCGUGACCCCCUCCUCGCCCCUUCCCCGGCCGCAGUUGCUGCCGUCGCCGCUGCCUCGGCCGACCAGAGACCUGCCCGCCCGCGGCUGCUCCGGUGCUGGGGAUCAAACCCAGGGCUUUGCCCAUGCUAGGCAAGUGCUCUACCACUGAGCUACAUCCCAGGCCCCCGAUGUCACAAUUGGAUAGAACUAUCUUUGAACUUUAAUCUUAUUAUAUCAAGACCUAGAGGAUCAAGACAUAAUGGGAGCAUUUUUAGACAAGCCAAAGAUGGAAAAGCAUAAUGCCCAGGGGCAGGGUAAUGGGUUGCGAUAUGGGCUAAGCAGCAUGCAAGGUUGGCGAGUUGAAAUGGAGGAUGCACAUACGGCUGUGAUCGGUUUGCCAAGUGGACUUGAAACAUGGUCAUUCUUUGCUGUGUAUGAUGGGCAUGCUGGUUCUCAGGUUGCCAAAUACUGCUGUGAGCAUUUGUUAGAUCACAUCACCAAUAACCAGGAUUUUAAAGGGUCUGCAGGAGCACCUUCUGUGGAAAAUGUAAAGAAUGGAAUCAGAACAGGUUUUCUGGAAAUUGAUGAACACAUGAGAGUUAUGUCAGAGAAGAAACAUGGUGCAGAUAGAAGUGGGUCAACAGCUGUGGGUGUCUUAAUUUCUCCCCAACAUACUUAUUUCAUUAACUGUGGAGACUCAAGAGGUUUACUUUGUAGGAACAGGAAAGUUCACUUCUUCACACAAGAUCAUAAACCAAGUAAUCCGCUGGAAAAAGAACGAAUUCAGAAUGCAGGUGGCUCUGUAAUGAUUCAGCGUGUGAAUGGUUCUCUGGCUGUAUCAAGGGCCCUUGGGGAUUUUGAUUACAAAUGUGUCCAUGGAAAAGGUCCUACAGAGCAGCUUGUCUCACCAGAGCCUGAAGUUCAUGAUAUUGAAAGAUCUGAAGAAGAUGAUCAGUUCAUUAUUCUUGCAUGUGAUGGUAUCUGGGAUGUUAUGGGAAAUGAAGAGCUCUGUGAUUUUGUAAGAUCCAGACUUGAAGUCACUGAUGAUCUUGAGAAAGUUUGCAAUGAAGUAGUCGACACCUGUUUGUAUAAGGGAAGUCGAGACAACAUGAGUGUGAUUUUGAUCUGUUUUCCAAAUGCACCCAAAGUAUCACCAGAAGCAGUGAAGAAGGAGGCAGAGUUGGACAAGUACCUGGAAUGCAGAGUAGAAGAAAUCAUAAAGAAGCAGGGAGAAGGCGUCCCCGACUUAGUCCAUGUGAUGCGCACAUUAGCAAGUGAGAACAUCCCCAGCCUCCCACCAGGGGGUGAAUUGGCAAGCAAGCGGAAUGUAAUUGAAGCUGUUUACAAUAGACUGAAUCCUUACAAAAAUGAUGACGCUGACUCAGCAUCAACUGAUGACAUGUGGUAAAACUGCUCAUCUAGCCAUGGAGUUUACCUUCACUUCCAAAGGAGAGUGCAACUCAACUUUGUUGAACCUUUUAGCAUCCAGCCUCAACUUAAGGAAGGGGAUAUGACAUGGGUGAGAGUGAUUACACCAGAGAACUUCAGCAGUACAACAGCUAGCCCAGAACUGAUUUUCUUUUCUUUUUUUUUUGUAAAUUUGAGACUUAUGUAAACGUGAUUUCAAACCAUAAUUCAUGUUGUAAAUCAGACUCCAGCAAUUUUUGUUGUAUGAUUUUUUUUUUUGUAAAGUGUAAUUGUCCUUGUACAAAAUGCUCAUAUUUAAUUAUGAACUGCUUUAAAAUCACUAUUGAAGAUACAAGAAAUGUUUGGCUUGUUGUGUGAUGCAACAGAUAUAUAGCCCUUUCAAGUCAUGUUAUAUUGGAUUUGGGGUUGGGACAGGGAGAGCAGCAGCCAUGUCAGCUAGGUGCUCAAACAUGCACAUGAUUAUGGAGAAGAAUUUCAAAAUCUUAAAAAACUGAAUAUCCCAGGAGUGAUGGAAAACUAUCUUAAUGUUCUUGGCAAGGGAUUGGCAUUGUUGAUAAAGCCACUCUCUUUAUUUAACUGUGUUUCAGGAUGUUCUCUCCCCCGCUAUGAGUAUUGCAGGUAAUACAGUAUAUUCAUAAGAAUAUCAAUCUUGGGGCUAAAAUGCCUUGAUUCUUUGCACCUCUUUUACAAGUCCUUACAUUUAAUUACUAAUUGAUAAGCAGCAGCUUCCUACAUAUAGUAGGAGACUGCCACAUUUUUGCUAUCAUGAUUGGCUGGGCCUGCUGCUGUUCCUAGUAAGAUAUUCUGAAUUCCAUUUUAUCAAUAAAGCUUGAUUUAACAAACAAGAAAUUUAAUCAUGUAUGUGUAAUUCCUCUUUUACCCCGGCCUUUUAAAACACCAUACCAUUGUAAAUGAGAUGUUCUCAAAGGGAAAGAUGUUAGUCUCUUUUAAUUUGACAAUACUGUUUUAGUCACCGAUGAAAUUGUUUUCCUUCCAUUAGAAAAACUUAAAAGAUUUAAGUCUCUCUUGUUCCUUAAUUUGUUUUUCAAAAUAAGUUUCUUUCAGGCUGCUUACUUUUCAUUAAGAUGUACAUCAGCUUGAUUUUGCCUACUGUUUAAUUAAAUAAUUGUCAAAGUUUGACAAUCUAACACUCUAUGGUAGGUAUGUGUGUGUUUGUGUGUGUUUGCCUGUGACUUUUAAUUGGCCCAUGUCUUUAGAAUCCAAGUGGUUAAGAUGUAUUUGUGAUUUGAAAUAUAGCAUGUUGAUAAUAUUUAGCUGUUGGCCUUUAAAAAUAAAUUUCAAAGCUUAAGGAAUUGUAGAUAUAAACAUACCUAAUUUAAUUUAGGCUUACAUUUUUCUGAUUAAGCAUGUGAAAGUAAGUUUUACAAUCUGUCACAUUAAAAAGACUACUGUUCUGUGCCCUUUUGUAUUUUUGUCUUUCUAGGUUGAAUAUUGUAUUUAUUAUCAUGUAAAUGAAUCAGUUAGUAAGCAGAUUCCCCACUAGAAAACUACUAAAAUGUAAGAUUAAAAUACAGCAUUAAAUACAAAAUCAGAAUUUUGUGUAUAAAGCUAGUAUAAUACAUUUUGUUUUGUUUGUUUUCCCUAACUUGGAAAUAUACAUAUUUGUAUAUAUAGCCUUAAAACUAAUGUAAAGUUAGGGAACCUACUAGGAAAAGUAAUGUAAAAUGUCUCAGAUUUAAGUAGUUACAUACCAGCAAACUCUUUUCAAUAUCCCUCUUAUUUGUGAGGUGAUUAAAUGUAAUUUAAUUGUAUUUAAUUUAUCUCUUAAUCCAGCAUGAAUGAAGAAAAACUGAAGUACUAUUUAUAUUUAGAAAUUCAGAAAAGUGGAAUUACAGAACCAAUUCCUUACUUAACUUACAAUAAAUGCUUAAUGUCUAAAUCUGUGGUAAAGUGCGAAGUAUGAUAAUGUUCUAAGUUAUAACUUUGCAAGCAUUUAAAUUUGCACUUAAUGAAUACCAGUGCUUCUAGUGAGGAUUUGAUUACCAAACAUGCCAGUACUGAAAGCUAAAUCCCUAUUACAACAAACCAGUUCCUUAACUUUUUAAUAAAUAACCAAAAGGUUUUAGUUUCAUAAUUUGCAAAAUAUUUAACUGGAUUGUGGUAUCUUUUGAGAUGCAAAACUUGAACCAUAAGUAAAACACGUGAUGGGAAGCUAUAUUUCAAACCAUAAUAGCAUAGUAUAGCAUAGCAUAGCAUAUCAUAGCAUAUUAUAACCUUUUUUUUUUUUUGAGAGUCUUUUAAACAAAAGAGAAAAUUAAGAUACUCCUCUGUUAAAGUUUUUAGUAUUGAAAUUGGCUGGAAAUGUGAGAAGACUGUGUUUAAAUGUGAUUUAAGAAGACUAAAUCUUUUCCACAUGAGUCAACACUGCCGUACAAAAUAUAACUUCAUUUUAAAAAUACAGAAAGGAACUAUACAUUGUAAUAGCAGACUGCUUGACUCCUAGGGGUAAUGGUCAUGGUGAGAAACAACCACAUUUAAAAGGCAUUUUUGCACCUCUUUUGUGCACUUCAUUUUUGUACCUCUUGAAUUCUCAGCCCCCACUGUUUUUUAAUACUAAUUAGCAUCUCAGGGCAUUGCCUCAGAAUUUUUGGUGUAUUCUAUGUUUUUUUUUUGGGGGGGGGGGUUCUUAUCUGAGGAUAUAUAGAUUUAUUAAGAUUAAACUUUCAUUUAGAUAUCAUAUUAUGAUAAACCCAGUUUACUGCUGUUAACCAGAAAUUCAGUUUUGUAUAGCCAGAUUCUUACUAUCUAACAUUAAAAUAUUUCACUUAUCUAAUUCUUAUUAUUUUAACAAGAUCUCCCUAAUUUUCACCUUCUUUAGGAAUAUACUUUUACAGAUAACAGAAGCAGUUCUCAGUAUUAUCUUUUAAAAAUUAAAUCAAAGUGGUAUUUUUCUUAUUCAGUUUUAGAACUAUCCUCAAACAUUUUUAAUUGUAACAAUUUAUUUCUAGAGAACUAUGCAAUUGUUCCAGCUUAAUUUUUAUGCAAACGUCUUAACAUUAAGAAAUUUGGAUUAGAGAAUAAAUCAGUUAUAUAAUUCAAAUAAUCCAAAUUAUAAUGGUCAUACAUUUGACCAUAUAUUAAUCCUGCUAAUAACUCAGUUUUUCCACAAACUGUUAUCUACAAAACACUGAUCUAGGUUAAAUUCCUUAGGACUGUAAAUAGAUUGAAUGGGUCAUUAUCUUCGAGGAGUUUGCAUUUGGGCAAAAUUAAUAACCUAAAAUAUGUUAGUAUUAUAACUGGAUCACUCAUCAAAAAAAAAAAAAAUAUAUAUAUAUAUUUUGCCCACAUUCUGUUUGUCAGGUACUUUACUGAGCAAAAGGUAUGCUUCUGCCCUAAAGGGCUCAUUUUGUUGCUUUUAUUCACCUGAAAACUAUUGUUUCUUUUCUCCUCCACAAAGUUAAAAAUCUUAAAAGAAAAUUUAGCUCCGAAUAAGAGUAAAAUUGGACUGAUGAAGCAAGGCUUAAGUCUAUUUAAGCAUUCUUGAUUGUCUAUAACAAAUGACCUUCACUUAUCCUGUUGGCAGCAGCAAGUCAGAAAUAAGUCAUAGAUUUCUUAGAAUUUUCCAAUCCUGAGAAUACAGGUGGGAUUUGAGUGAGGGCAUUUAAAAAAAUAAGUAUCUCUAGCUGAAUUGAUCUUUUUAAGUAAAACUUUUUUGUGUUCUUUCUUUUAAUAACAUAGUGCCCGUGUUAAUACCACAUUUUAGCCAAAUGAUUACCAUGUAUUUGAAUAUUUUAAAAUCACUAACCAUCUUUACUGGACAAAUUCAUCUGGGAAUUCAAUGUGUGAUUUCUGAAAGAACUGAUGAAAUUGGGUACUAAUUUCCUUCUAGUUUUAUUUUAAUUUUGAAUUUCAUGGCAUAUACUUUUAGCUUAACUUUUUAUUUUAGUAUUGUAUUAGGAUUUGGUACUAGAAAGGAUAAGUAAACAUUUCAGUAUAUAAAUAUUCUUUGAAGGGAUCUUAGGGAGUUUCAUAUACUUUUGCUUAUAAAUACUGCUGAUGAGUUGGCCAUUUUUUAAUUGACUACUCACAGUUUUUAGGCAUCAGGAAGUCUACUUCAUGUUUUAAAAUUUUAGAAGCCUAAUUUUACUUUAUUUCCUUAAAUAAUGUGCCAUGUGUUUUGGUUAGUGUUUGUUUUUAAAUUAUAUAUUCAGAGAGUAUGCUUGAAAUAUUUAAGAACACAUUUCCUAAAGGUAUGAUACUGUAUUAUUUGGUCAAAAAAUACAUCAGCUAAGUGUUAGUUAUUACUGUUAAGAAGCUCUUCAGAAAUAAGGAGAGGCAUUGGCUCUGCUUUAUUGUCAAGUGAGCAUUUUCCACUUUUGUUCACCUCAAUACAAACUCUUCCUUUAAUCUAUUUUAUAUAUUAAGCUAGUGGCCUCUGCUCUCACGGUUUCCUAUUUAUAUUAACUAGUGGGUGGGGGUGCUAAUUAGAAAAACUCAGAUUCAGAUUGCAGUUGACAGCUUACACUUUUAUGAGAGGGGGGGAAAGGUUGUUUAAGUUAAUAAAAAAGUGACAUUUUUUCUUAUCCUGCAUGAAAAUAUUGCCCUCAUUUCCUCUCAGUGUGUCUGUCUGUAUGUGUCUCUCUCUCACUACCACCACCACCACCCCCUUUUUUCCCUGCCCUCAUCCAAAUAGGCCAAUUCCAUUUUCUUGAACAAGAAAGUUUAAACUCAUUACCUCAUUAAGGCCAAUUAGUACUUUAUUAAACUGGGUUGAAAAUAAGAAAACUUGGGAUAGAGUGGUAGGAACCUUGACCUGGCUGUAGAUGUUUAAAAAAAACAAACAAAAAAACUAUUAUGCCACAUAAGCCACCAAGAAUCACCUUUCACUGCUAGAAUAAUUUUGACUUUUUAAAGGAAGAUGAAGGCAAAAGUUGCUAAUUCUUUAACAUAGAAUAACAUGUAGUAUUUCUUUACCUUAAAACAGCCCUUCAGUUCUUUUCAUUGUUCCUAAAACCAGUUUUCUACUAAUGGGUUUUUCAUUAAAUGUUUAGAAAAUUUUUCUUUUCCUUUUACAUAUUCCUCCUAGUAAAAAAGUGUUUAGGUAUAUUUGCAUUUGUAUGGUACUUUCUGAAGUAAGCUAGAUUAUGUGUAAGAUUGAGUAGUUACAGAAUUAGUACUGUCCUAACUCGGUACAAUGAGUGACAGAAAUUCAUUUUAGUAAUGGUUCUUAACUUUUUGGGAGUUGUUGUCCCUUUGAGACAGAUGAAUCAUGGGGAAACUCCCUAAAAAUUGUAAUGUUGCAGUGGUUCAUUACCCCUCAACCCCAAUUAAGAUUCCAAAUUACAGAAUAAUAGGACAUCAUUUUUUCUCCAAGGAUGUAAAUAUAACUUGAGUCUAUUUUAAGGAAUUGUUUUACUUUUGAAAAUAGCAAAUAGGUGGAUGGGGCAUGGUUUGAAUCUGAUAUUGAAAGACUUUUAGCGAAAUGAAUUUAUAGAGAUGAAAAAAAUCACAUUUGGAUUAUUUUUGAGGAUAAUAUCGCUAAGAUUUGCCACUUUUGAAAUUCAACAGAAAGGUAAAAUGGAAAUUGAGUAUAUCUAAAGUUUUCUGAACCUCCCCAGUGCAGCUAUAAUAUAUUAACAACACAAGAGCUGUCAUAUCUUACUCAGGUUUUAAGAUUAGAUUUUUCUUGCAUUAGAGUUCAUUAAAUGUUAAAUUCAUUUCAGAUUCUAAGGAAUUAAGGACUUAAUACAAAAUGUUAAAAACAGGAUCUAACAUGAAUAGCCACCAAUGUAUAGCAUUAAUAAGAUUUUUUAAAAAUAAUUACAAUAAAAAAUUUUAUGAAAUUGUUGACAGUUGUUGAAAAAUUGAAUGUUCAGUUAUAGUUUUUAUUGUCCAUUUUUGGAAUUUCCCCUCCCCCUUUGACAAGGCUAGGGAUCGAACCCAGGGCCUUGUAUAUGACAGGCAAGUGGUCUACCACUGAGCUAUAGCCCUAGCAUUUUGGGGACUUUUGAAAUGUAGUAACUAUUAUCUUACCUAGUUGGUCCCUGACUAACUGAACACAACAUAUCUGUAGGAAAAUAUCAUCUUUUAGUGACAAUACCCCAGUACUGAUCUGUUUCACAACUGAAAUAAUUUCACUUCACUGUAUAAUUGUUUUGAGUGGGGAGACAUGUACAUGUUAAAAGCAUGUUGCAUUAUAUAUAGAUUAAUUGUUUAAAAAUCUCCAAAUAUAAGACUAUGACAACUAACUGCAGAAAUUUUCUUAAACACAAUGUGUAGCAAAAUUCUCCACAUUAACUCAUCCACUUUGCAGGUUAUGUGAUCCAAACUUUCAAAGAAAAAAUUCCAUAAAUGUGUAUAUUGUAUGAUGUAUCAUUUUCUGAUCCAAAGAAAUAUGUGAAUUCAGUUUUAACUUUAAGAAUGUACUUUUGUUUUCAAGUCCUUUGAAGAAAUUGCAUUCAGCCUAUGAAUGGUUGCAGAUUGUAUGUGAGAUGAAAAGUAGAAAUAAUUUCUAGUUUGCAAAACUGGUGCCACUAAAUAAACAGGCAAUUGCAUAA